UUUCUUUUUUGUGUUUCUGUAUUUUAAUUUUCUUUCACUUUCUCGCUCUUUCUUCUCUAAAACCCAAACAAACAAAUUAAGAAAUUUACCUUUAUACUCUCCUCUUUUUAAGAACCUCUUUCUCUCUUCUGUGUCAUUUCUUCCAUAAUCUCACUCCACGAACACUUCCCGUUUUCUGAGUUUUGUCUCUUGAUUCUUGCAUCUGACUUGACCUGGCAAUGAUGGACAAUGGUUUCUCUUCCCCUCGAAGCGAUGCGUUUCCUGCUGGUCUUCGAGUUCUUGUUGUCGAUGAUGAUCCCACCUGGUUGAAAAUCCUUGAAAAGAUGCUCAAGAAGUGUUCUUAUGAAGUGACCACAUGUGCUUUAGCAAGAGAUGCUUUGCACUUGCUUCGUGAGAGGAAAGAUAACUAUGACAUCGUGAUCAGUGAUGUCAACAUGCCUGACAUGGAUGGGUUUAAACUUCUAGAACAUGUUGGAUUGGAGAUGGAUCUUCCUGUCAUUAUGAUGUCUGUUGAUGGAGAAACAAGUCGGGUUAUGAAAGGUGUUCAGCAUGGAGCCUGUGAUUAUCUUCUUAAACCAAUACGAAUGAAAGAACUUCGAAAUAUAUGGCAGCAUGUAUUCAGAAAGAAAAUCCAUGAGGUAAGAGACAUUGAAAUUCUUGAAGGAAUGGAAACUAUGCAAAUGGCUAGAAAUGGGUUAGAUGUGUCCGAUGAUGGUUACUUGCUUUGCGGAGAAGAUCUGACUUCAGUUAGGAAAAGAAAAGAUUUUGAAAGCAAACAUGAUGACAAAGAUCCUGCGGACAAUUCUUCCACAAAGAAAGCCAGAGUAGUUUGGUCGGUAGAUCUUCAUCAGAAAUUUGUCAAAGCUGUAAAUCAGAUAGGAUUUGAUAAAGUUGGUCCAAAGAAAAUCCUUGACUUGAUGAAUGUUCCAUGGUUGACGAGAGAAAAUGUUGCAAGCCACUUGCAGAAAUACCGUCUCUAUUUGAGUAGAUUGCAGAGGGAAGAUACUGUCUCUGCUGGUGGUAUAAAGCAUUCAGACCCGCCUUUGAGAGAUUCUGCUAGUAGUUUUGGUGCUCAGAACUCGAUCAGCAUGCAACAGCUUGAUGUUGCAAGUCGCAGCUAUGGAUUUCUAGGCAAUAGUUUACUUGUCCAAAAUGGGGAGUCUAGAGGCCAUGAAAAUGAGCGAAAGGGAACUGUUUCAAAGAGUGCUGCAGAACCCAAAGGAGCUUUAAAUGUUGAAGUUCCUGAUCCUCGCAAGUCCAGGAGUUCACAAAUGGAAUUUGGUCGUUCUUUUACUUCUCUGGGAUCAGAAGUAAACUUCGCAGAAUUUGAUUCAAACUUCCCGACACGGUUUUCGUGGUGUGAAAGUGAACUGAAGCAAGAACCUCAGGCGCUCCAUUUAGAUGAUGGGCUUAGACAGCUAACACUGCCUGGUAAGCAGCAGCGCAUUCAAGCUGAUUAUCCACAGCCGGCUCCACCUAUUAUUUCUGGAUCUUCUGCAACUGAAAGAGACAUAGGCUCUGUCAAAAUAAAGCCUUUGUAUGACGAGUGCAGGAGCAAUGCUAGCCAAGUAAGUUCAAUUGGGAGCACAAUUGAGACUAGCGAUGUUCAAAACAAGACUUAUCCAGUGAAUCAUCAAGCCUUUGAUCCCAUUUCCACUAGCACAUCAAGCAUGAAAAACCAGCACUUCAAUCUGAGUUGCAUGUCGGACCUGGAAUCAACCCAAAAGAGUGUAAAUUCGGAACUGUCACCUUAUGCAACACUGGAUGAUGAUUUUCAAGUUUGUUGGGUUCAAGGUGAUUGUUAUGCUAUGAAUCUGGGACUCCAAAACAUCGAGUUUCCGGAGUUCUGUGACCCCGGUCUCAUUGCCGGUGUUCCAACUUACCUGUACGAUUCAGUGAGGUUUGACUACGAUAAUCUCUAUGACCCAACAGAAUACUCUCUAAUCGAGCAAGGCUUGUUUAUAGCCUAACCUUGCUCCAUUUCAUUUGCUAUCUUAAAUAGAUGACCAAGCCAUCAAGAUGGGUGUCCGAAACUCCUAUGGAUGGGGACAUUAUUUCCUCGUCGGUCAUAAUAAGCUUGCUUCUUCAGGUUUCUAAAACUUUCAACCUUGAUUAGUAGUGUUGUAUAUGGAUGUAUAAUGUAUGAUUAAUGAGGGCAUGCACAUAGAUGCAUGUGGAGACUGUCAUUAUUCCUUGGAAAUUUUGUAAGUGAAGGUCAUUAGCUGCUACAAGUUAAAUAUAUCUUCUUCUUGCCAAUAUGCCAA